AUCAAGAAAAAUGAAACCAAUAUUUGUGUCACCUCUUCUUUUCUUGUUCUUCUUCUUGCUCCAAUGCACUUGUAUUUUCACUCAAGCUCCUGCUAUGUCACCAAUGCCACCAGCUCCAUCAUCUCCUCCUGCACCAAUAUCGCCCCCAGCUAUUGUCUCUGCUCCCGCUCCAGGGCCACCUGGUCCGCCAAAUGUGGUAAAAAUCCUCGGAAAAGCUGGUCCAUAUUCGACGUUCAUCAAAUUAUUACAAAUCACUCAAGAAAUUGGCGAAAUCACCUCAUUACUAAACAACUCCAACAGCAUAACAAUGUUUGUUCCAUCAGAUGGCGCUUUUUUGAACCUCAAAAUUGGCACUCUCAACUCUUUCAGUGAUCAGCAGAAAGCUGAAUUGGUUAAAUUCCAUAUUCUCCCUUCAUAUUUCUCCCUAUCACAGUUCCAAACUGCUAGCAACCCUUUACAUACACAAGCUGGUGGAACCACUAAUCGCGAAUUCCCAAUCAACAUAACCACAAACGGGACAGCAGUGAACAUAACAACUGGAAUUGUGAAUGCAAGUGUGUCCAGUACAAUUUACACUGAUAAUCAGUUAGCUAUUUAUCAAGUUGACAAAGUGCUUCUUCCUUUGCAAUUCUUUGUACCACCAGCACCUGCUCCAGCACCAUCAAAGCCGAAAAAGAAGGAUCCUUCUUCGGAUUCUGCAUCUGUUAAUGUUGUUUCAUCUGGUGCUACUUCACUUCUUCCCCACAUGAUGUUUCGGGCUAUGGUCUAUCCUAGCUGCUUUUUCUUCUCUGUUUGGUUUGUGUGUAUGAGCUAAUUAGGGGCAAGCAAUGCCUCUAUGCUUGUU